CGUCUGAAUUGAGCCAUCGCACACCGCACCAUGUCCUCCGCCUCAUCCGAUAGAGAGUCGAGUCGCUCAGCCUCGCCCGAGGCGAACGGCGCCGACGCCGCCCCCGCCGAGAAGAAGACGUUUGCCGAGCUCGGCGUCACCCCCGAGCUCUGCGCGGCAUGCACCUCUCUUGGCUUCAAGAACCCGACCGACAUCCAGGUCGAGGCCAUCCCGCCUGCGCUUGAGGGCAACGAUAUCAUCGGUAUCGCUCAGACUGGUAGUGGAAAGACCGCCGCCUUCACUCUGCCCAUCCUCCAGAACCUGUGGGAGAACCCUCAGCCAUUCUACGCCUUGAUCCUGGCUCCCACUCGUGAACUCGCGGACCAGAUCUCCAAGCAGGUCUCGGCACUCGGCGCGCCCAUUGGUGUCCGCUCGGCCGUCAUCGUCGGUGGAAUGGACAUGAUGUCGCAGUCGAUCGCGCUCUCCAAGCGCCCGCACGUCAUUGUCGCGACUCCCGGUCGUCUCAUGGACCACCUGGAGAACACCAAGGGCUUCUCGCUCAAGGCCCUCAAGUACCUUGUUCUUGAUGAGGCGGACAGGCUGCUCGACCUCGACUUUGGACCGAUCAUCGACAAGCUCCUCAAGGUCAUUCCCAAGGAGCGCAACACGUUCCUCUUCUCCGCUACGCUCUCCACCAAGGUCGAGAAGCUCAAGCGUGCCAGUUUGAACAAGCCCGUGCAGGUCAAGGUCGCUGCCAAGUACUCGACUGUCUCCACUCUCCAGCAGUACUACGUCUUCUUCCCCGAGGUCCAGAAGGACGCCUACCUGUUCUACCUGGUCAACGAGCUCUCGUCGUCUUCCAUGAUCAUCUUCACCGGCACUGUCGACCGUGCGCAGCGUCUCUCGAUCAUGCUCAACCGCCUCGGCUUUGCUGCCAUUCCUCUGCACGGACAGAUGAGCCAGAGCGCACGGUUGGGAUCAUUGAACAAGUUCAAGAGCGGUGGCAGGAAGAUCCUCGUCGCUACGGACGUUGCCAGUCGUGGUCUUGACAUUCCCCUUGUCGACCUCGUCAUUAACUACGACAUCCCUACCAACUCGAAGGACUAUGUCCACCGUGUCGGUCGUACCGCUCGUGCUGGCCGCUCCGGCAAGUCGAUCACUCUCACGACACAGUACGAUGUCGUCAUGCUCAAGGGCAUUGAGGCUGCCAUCGGACGCCAGCUGCCUGCCUUUGACGUGGACAAGGAGGCCGUGGCGAUCUUGAGCGACCGCGUGGCAGAGGCGGGUCGUGCGGCCAAGAUUGAGAUGCGCGAGCAGGGCAACGGCGGCUCUGGUGGCGCCCGUGGCCGUGACAAGGGCCGCCGUGGUCGUGACGAUGACCGUGAUCGCGACGACGACGUUGUGCAGGGUGGCAUGCCGCAGCGGAAGAAGUUCAAGAAGGGAGGCCGGAGAUGAUGAGGCUCAGAGUAGCAAGCAUAGACCAGCAUUUGUAUCCCACCGCCAUUUGCAUUUUAUUUUUGUUA